AUGUGCAUUACGUUGAACGUCGUCACAGGUGAUGUGGACAUUUGGGACGCCAUCAAGAACACAGCCUCUGCGCUGCCUUGCGACAGCUGGUGGUUUUUUUUCUUCUCUCAUCCCCUUUCCCCAUCGACGUCGUGCUUCCGGGAGCCGCAUCGAACAGCGUGGAGACAAAAUGUUGUUCCUAGCAGACGUUUCAAGGCCAGAACAGAUUGGGCGUGUCAGCCUGGCAGAACCAGAUGGUCGGCCAGACACGGUUGCUCAAGGAAGUGUGGUGCAUUUCAAGACCUCAAGAUGCUGGGAGGGUCGACAAAUGGCUGGGGCAGUGCCAGCGAAUUUACGGUAACGACGGGCACGUGGGCUUCGUCUGCCACCUGCCAUCAGCAUACGUGCAUGAAUAGGAAACUGGCAGACGUGUUAUGGUACAACGAGGAGAUGACACAUAGUGUUGCUGUGUCAUGA